CACUUUCCAGCUUUAUUGACACUUUUGGAGAUGAUCCCAACUUAUGCUGCCUCAAACUGGAUAUGUCCAAUGCUUUCAACAAUUGUGACCGUACUACUUUUCUGCGACGUCUUCACAGAGAGCUUCCUGAGCUUUUUGGAUGGGUGCAGUGGAGCUAUCACAAACCCGCAGAACUUCGUUUUGGCAACCGAAAACUCACUUCUUCUACUGGUGUUCAGCAAGGCGACCCUCUGGGUCCUUUGCUUUUUUCCUUGGUCAUUCUAGAUUUAGUUGAUGAAAUUGGGCCAUUAAAUGACAUCAACUUAAAGUUGUGGUACCUAGAUGAUGGAAAUUUUGUUGGACAUCGUUGCAAGGUAGCUUCACUCCUAGAGCAGAUGAAAUCUAAAGGGUCUAGAUAUGGUCUUCAGCUGAACAUGUCCAAGUGUGAGAUAUUCUGGCCUUCUGGAAACCAGUCCUUUCCGGAAUUUCCGUCAGAUGUGGAACGCGUCGUCGACACAAAGGGUGGUGCUGAUUUUCUGGGCUCUCCUCUCUGGGGAUCUGAGGUCUUUUUCAAUACUAGCCUUUCAACUCGUAUUGACAAAAUCUGGGAAAGUCAACAACGCCUGCAAGAUAUUGAAGAUCCUCAGGUAGAAUUACUUUUACUGAGAUCAUGUCUGUCUUUGUGCAAACUAAACCACAUACUCAGGACUGUUCCACCUGACAAAGUCCUUGGCCAACUUCAAUCUUUUGACAUCAACUUACGGAAGACUCUGGAAUCAAUAGUAGAUUGUUCCUUAUCAGAAAGCUCAUGGCAACAAGCUACACUCCCCAUUCGCCUGGGGGGCUUGGGUUUGAGGGAAGCUUCUCGAUGUCACCCCGCAGCCUAUCUUUCCAGUUGUAACUCUUCUCGUCACUUGGCAUCUUACCUUCUAUCCAUGAGCAGCCAGUGGAACAUGUCAUAUUCCGAUGAGGGCCAGGCGAUUGUGUUUCCAGGGGAGUCUACGGCCCAAGAUUUUUUGCAACUCCUUUUACCAGAUAACAACCACAAAAUUGAUUCCACCAGUCAGCAUCAGUUGCAACUUCGGUUGGACUCUGCUUUAUGGUCUUCACUCAAAGAAUCGGCGAGCAUAAGGGAUCGAGCUCGACUGAAUACCAUUUCUGGUCAACACACUGGGGCAUGGCUACGGGCAAUACCGAACCCGAAUCUCGGCCUUUCCAUGCCCAAAAGAGAGUUUAGUGUGGCACUACGGAUAUGGUUGGGUAUCCCCAUUUUCCCUUCCCCAAACUCCAAACGCUGCCCUUGUGGUAACAUUAUUGAUAAGCUUGGUGACCAUCUAUUGGGAUGUAAUCAAGGACAGAGUUUGACAACGAAACGUCAUGAUGCUCUAUGCGAAGUGGUGUACAACGCACUGCUUACAGAUGAUUCUCGUUGUCGUCGGGAGGCAAGAUGUAGCAGUAGCAACCAAACAAGACCAGGAGAUGUUUAUCAUCCAGAUUUCGAGCGCGGUUUGCCUGCCUACUUUGACUUAUCGGUACGAAGUUCCUUACAACCGUCUUUUCUCACUCAAGCAGCAAGUCAUCCAGGUGCAGCAUCUGAUGCAGGAGAGAUGGAAAAGGACGAACGACAUCACCUGAAUGUGUCCAGCACAGGCAGCCUUUUUCAUCCGCUAGUAGUAGAGACUCUGGGUCUCUGGACAGCUGCUAGCCUUCAAGUGCUCAAGAUCAUAGCACGUAGAGCUUCGUUUAAACAUAAUGUUUCAAUUAGCCAGUCUGUUUGUCAUUUUCAUCAGCAACUCUCUACUAGACUGUGGUGUAGCAACGCUAAAAUGAUACUAGCUAGAUGCAGUUUAGAUGGUACUGCUAGUCCCCUAUGGGACCUAUAAUAUAAUAUAUAU